AUUCGCGCCACCUGAGGCCCCUCGUGUCUUCCGGGCUCCAGCCGACGGAGCCCCAUCCUUGAUCCGCCGAUUGUCCUCGGGACCACUGGGCUCUGGACUGGCCUGGACUGCCUGCUGGACCCCGGCAUGGAGUACCCGUGGGGCCCGCUGCGCGUCGCGCUGCCCACGGCACUCCUCGUGGCGUCCGGCGCCGGGGUGCUCGCCGCGACCAGGCUGCGCCGGCGGCCCUGCGAGCUGGCCGACGUCCUCGGGGGCGCGGGGCAGGGGCGGCCGCGGCGCGUCUGCGCCGUCUUCGUCGGCGACAGCCUGACGCAGGGGUCCCUCUCCGCCAACUGGCUGGAGGUGCUGGCCGAGCGGCACCCCGGGCAGGGCGAGUUCGUGAACUGCGGGCUGAACAUGCGGCCCUCCGGCGACAUGCUGGACGGCCCGGGGCUGGACCUGCUGGAGGGGGCGGCCGCGGCUGCACCGGAGCGCGGGGUGGUCGUGAUGCUGGGCACCAACGAUCUGAUACGGUUUGACCUGCUGUCGUGGCCGCUGAGGCCUACUGCCGCAUCCUUCGUCCUCGAGUACGCGCUCCGUGUCCGGGAGAUCGCAACCAGGUUGCAGGCUCUCUCGGAGGAGGACCAAUUGAAACCACGCAUCGCCCCCCGUGCUGGGCGAGGACCCCGCCUCGGAGGUCGGGCGCUUCGGGCGCGCGAUGGCCGCUGCCGUGCGGCGCGUGGCCCGCUCGGUGCCCGGAUGCCGCUACGCGCCCCUGUAGCGGAGGCCACCGAGGCUGCCCUCGUCAGGGCGAAGCGGGCGCCGCGGCGCCGCUGGCGCGCCGCCGCGCGCGUACGGCGCGGCGGAGUCGCUCCUGCUCCAGGUGCUUCUGCCUUGGCGGCUCUACGCCGCCAGGACGCCGAUGGCUUCGGUGCAGGAUGCAGAGGGCCUGCUCCACCACGGCGCUGACCGUGGACCUGGUGCACUACGGCCCGGAGUUCGGGGAGCUGGCGGCGGAGCUGGUGGCCGAGGAGUUGGGGCUCGGGUGAGCCGCGAGGGCCCCCGCCGCCACGGGCACCCAGCGAGCCCCCCCUCGCCCGUGAAAGGGCCUUGUGCACGGCAGAGCCUUUGAAGAGGCGAGCUCCUGACCCGCCAACCCUGAAUACCGC